AUGACUAGUAUUGAGUCAUCUCACGAUGCUGAGAGCGUGACUGGUACUCGACGUACUAGAAAACGUUUUAGCAACGUUCAGCUCAUGAUGCUCGAGAAUCUUUUUCACCAUAAUUCCCAUCCAUCCAGGCAGGAGCGUGAGACUGUAGCAAGAGCUGGUAGCAUGGAAAUAAAAUCAGUGACCGUCUGGUUCCAAAACAAACGGCAGAUGGAACGCAAAGGCUCCACUCCGAACUCCUCCGUCCGGUGUCCUCGUCACUCCUCGCCGUCGUCAGCACCGUAUAGCUUUGUGCUGACGACGGGGCAAACGUUGACUGCACGUCCGUCUCUCGACCGGAUUGCUUCCCGCUCCGAGCUCCCACAAUCUACCCCGCGUACUCCUACUCGUCAACGUGACCCCGCGCGACCCAUUUGGGAAGCUAUGCCUUCCUCACCACCGUUCCCAAUGACAAGUCCAUCUGGGAAGGAUUACGUCGAAUUUGGAAAACUUACACAGACGCGAACUUUGGAAUGGGCAUGUGCCAGAAGGCGGUUGGCAGCAAAAUCAGGUGAUAGCCUUGCAGAGGAUGACGAAGAAGAUAUCACGAUCGCUUUUCAGAAGCCUGUUCUUUCGAGAUCAGACUCCAAUGUGAGCACACUGUCUGCCGUAUCAGACACCCGGGAGGAAAACAGAGAAAGAAGAAAACAGGAAGUUGCCCAUGACGUAGACCCUGCGAAAAAUGUUUACCCGGGCAUUGAGGAGGAUAUGCUCAAAGCUGCAUUGGCUUUGUGCGGUCUUGGGAGGGGUUAA